AACGGUGGUCUUGGUCGUGAUGGGCAUACAUCAGCACACUCCGAGAUCAUACAAGCUCGAAUCAGACGCAGGGUGGCCAGGGAUUCGUCUUCUCCGGCUUGGCCCGGUAUAUGACCCAGUUCAUGAGUAG